GAAUGAAAAAAACGUAGAAACCGACGACGAAGACCGGAGGAAAAAAAAAUGGCGAAACCGUUGGGAACAACCGGAGAAUUUUUCAGGCGAAGGGAUGAGUGGAGGAAGCAUCCGAUGCUAUCGAAUCAAAUGAGACACGCACUUCCAGGUCUCGGAAUCGGUGUUGGUGCCUUCUGCGUUUACCUCGUCGGUGAGCAGAUCUAUAGCAAACUCAUGGCACCAUCUACUCAAUCAUCGCACCAGAAACAACCUGCUCCGUCUCACUGAGAGAGAUAGAGAGAGCCAUUAGAUUGUUUCGAACUGUGGCAGAUAAAAGAGCUGUGAGGGAUUCACAUUUUACCGUUUUUCUUGGAUUGUCUCAAUAAAGCUGUGUGAAUGAAAGACAAAGACUCUGAUCUCUCUCUCUGUUGAAUGUUGUAUAAUCUUCUUGUAUGACAGUUUUCAUUGUGUUCUCGUUGUGUUUUGUGUUGUCUUUGCUUAAUAAGAGUUCUUCGGAGAUGACAGUUUAAGAUAUUGCCUCUAUUGUAAUAGAAACAGGCAUUUUUAAACUAGGUCAUUUUUGUGCGUUUUCAUGUUUUACA